GCGCCCCCGGGGCCGGGCGGCGGCGGCGGCGGUGGCGCGGGCGGCGGAGCUCAGAGCCUGGUGCACCCAGGGCUGGUGCGCGGGGACACACCCGAGCUGGCCGACCACCACCACCAUCACCAUCACCACGCGCACCCGCACCCGCCGCACCCGCACCACGCGCAGGGACCCCCGCACCACGGCGGCGGCGGCGCGGGGCCUGGACUCAACAGCCACGACCCGCACUCAGACGAGGACACGCCGACAUCCGACGACCUGGAGCAAUUCGCCAAGCAGUUCAAGCAGCGGCGCAUCAAGCUGGGCUUCACGCAGGCCGACGUGGGGCUAGCUCUGGGCACAUUGUACGGCAACGUAUUCUCGCAGACCACCAUCUGCCGCUUCGAGGCCCUGCAGCUGAGCUUCAAGAACAUGUGCAAGCUCAAGCCACUGCUGAACAAGUGGCUGGAGGAGGCGGACUCGAGCACCGGCAGUCCCACCAGCAUCGACAAGAUCGCGGCGCAGGGCCGCAAGCGCAAGAAGCGGACCUCUAUCGAGGUGAGCGUCAAGGGCGCGCUCGAGAGCCACUUUCUCAAGUGCCCCAAGCCCUCGGCACAGGAGAUCACCAACCUGGCCGACAGCCUGCAGCUGGAGAAGGAGGUGGUGCGGGUCUGGUUCUGCAAUCGGCGCCAAAAGGAGAAGCGCAUGACGCCGCCAGGGAUCCAACAGCAGACGCCAGACGACGUCUACUCGCAGGUGGGCACCGUGAGCGCCGACACGCCGCCACCACACCACGGGCUGCAGACCAGCGUGCAGUGAAGGCAAGGGCGCCGCGCGAAGAGGGCCGCCGCCGCCGCCUCCUCCGUCAGCACCGUCGCCGCCCCCGCCGCCACCGCCACCGCCACCGCGCGACCCCGCACCGGGGCCGCACCCGGCCCGAGCCCAGGCUCAGCCUCCGCCCUCCUCUCUGCCCAAAGACAGGCAUGCGCGCCCUUGGAGAAAAAAACGAGGGAGAGACGGACUAAGAAGACAUUUUUUGAAGUCCAAGGAAGGAGGGACCAAAACAAUUAAAAAGUAUAAUAAAUACCCAGACUGUUUUAUAUACAUACACGACAAACAAAACCGGAAGAGGAAAAGGAGGCGAUCAUGAGAUCUCCUGUAUACCACGGUGGUGUUUCAUUUUUUGUUUUUGUUUUUAAAGAAGGGUGAAGAUGCCUAACACACCAAAACUGCACUCGGGAGGUUUUUCCCACCCUGAGAUGACCUACAUGGCAAUGGUGGACAGCACCUGCCUCCUCGUC